AUGGACGAUGGCUCAGAUAUGCAUCGGCCAACUGACUACGUAGGAUGUCUCUGCAAUAGUUGCAAACUGAUCGGCAGCGAGCUCACAAGUAUUUCUUUGGAUGGGGAUAUAAUAAUCGGGGCAGUGAUGCCUGUUCAUAUGGACAAGAUCUACCCAAAGGUCAAUUACAAGGAGAGGCCUGGUCCGGCCAUUUGUACGACCUUCAGGUUAGAUUCCUACCAGAGUGCCCAGGCUGUAUACUUCACUGUGGAGGAAAUUAACAAAACCCCCAAUCUUUUGCCAAAUAUCACCUUGGGAUUUCAGAUCUUUGACUCAUGUGUAGUCCUCCAGAGAGCAGUGUCAGGAGCUCUGCAGCUGUUAAGUGGACAUGGAGAAGCUCUUCCUAACUAUCGAUGUAACCAGAAAACCACGUUGGCUGCAGCAAUCGGACAUUAUACAUCUACAUACUCCAUUUUACUGGCUCAUAUACUAGGGCUAUACAGGUAUCCUCAAAUCAGUCACUAUUCCACAAGUUCUCUUCUCAGUGACCAUAUCCAGUUUCCAUCAUUCUUUAGAACAGUCCCCAGUGACGCCUUCCAGUCUCAAGGUCUUGCACAGCUGGUCUUACAGUUUGGAUGGACCUGGAUUGGUCUAGUGGCCAUCGAUAAUGACUAUGGGCAGCAAGGUAUUCAAUUAGUCAAGAGGGAUAUAAUAAAAGCUGGAGCCUGUGUGGAUUUCACAGAGACCAUAAUCUCCAGUAGGCAAGAUCGGAAUGCCCCACAUAUUGCUCAGGUGGUUAAAGACUCAACAGCCACAGCGGUGGUCAUCUUCUCUACUGAUAUGGACUUAAGCUUUGUACUAGAUGAGAUGCUGAGGCAGAACGUCACAGGAAAAGUAUGGAUUGCCAGUGAAGCUUGGUCUACAUCAUCUUUCUUGUCAGUGAGUAAAUAUUCAAGACUUCUUCUUGGAACAAUUGGUUUUGCCCUCCAUAGUGGAAGCAUGCCAGGGUUUGGAGAUUUUCUCAACAGGAUCAAUUCAUCCAUGGUCGUGGGAAACCAAUGGAUAAAAAUAAUCUGGGAACAAGUUUUUGGCUGCAAAUUCCAAGACAAGAUGCUCUCUAAAAUUAUUUCCAUCUCAUCGAUAAAAGAAUGUACAGGCCAAGAAAGUCUUGAGAACAUCUGGAACAACUACAUUGAUGUCUCUAAUCUGAGGGUACCAUACAAUAUCUAUACAGCAGUUCAUGCAGUAGCUAAAGCUCUGGACGAUUUGGGUAAAUGUAGGAAGGAAGAUGGACCAUUCCUCAAUGGAUCAUGUGCUGAUAUUAAGAACUUCAAGCCUUGGCAGUAUUUGACCCCUUUUGAGAAACAUGACUUAUUUUUUGGUAGAAAAGCUCUUGUUGUCAAUCACAGAGGCAUGUGGGAGAGAACCCUUUUUUCAUCGGAUGUAGCGCCCCAUCUUGACAAAUUGGUGUCAUGGGGGCGCUACAUCGAUGAUAUUUUGAUUAUCUGGCAAGGAACUCAGGAGGAUUUGGACACAUUUAUGUACCAUCUAAAUGAAAAUGAAUAUAAAACUAACAUACAAAGUGGACAAUCGGGGCUACAUCCAGACUGUAUCGCAAAAGUACUGCAGCAAACACUAUUCUCCAUGCAACUUCAGCACAUCCAUCUCAUUAUAAACACUCCCUAUGGUCAGUUCUUACGAGCUAGAAGACUAUGUUCAGAUGAUGCACGAUUUGAAGCACAAGCACAAGAACUUAAACGAGCUAAAGCUCAGAACCGUACCAUCUUACUAUUCUCCAAGAAGAAAACAAAAACUCUGACAGACCAGGUUCGAUGUAUCAUCGACUUCAAUACCCAGAGUUCCCAGUUGUUGCACUACAUGAAGAAGUUACGCCUGAACACGUCCGAUGGUAGACAACUCUUUUUCGAUGAGAACGGAGAUCCCCCUGCUGUGUACGAUAUUGUGAACUGGCAGCUGAGCCCUGAAGGGAAACUCCAACAAGUGAAAGUGGGCAGUUAUGAUACCAGUAUAACCAGUGGGAAGAUCUUCACUAUUAAUACCAGCAACAUACAUUGGGGAUCUGGAGACCACGGGGUACCUGUUUCAAUCUGCAGCCCAAGUUGUCCACAAGGCUUUAGGAAAGCAGCCAUAAAAGGCCAACCUUCCUGCUGUUUUCAAUGCAUUCCAUGCCCUUCUGGAGAGAUAGCCAACCGCACAGAUUCGCUACAAUGUGCAAAAUGCCCAUGGGAUAUGUGGCCAAAUCCAUCCCAACAUCUCUGUGUUCCUAAGGCUCAAGAAUUCCUUUCACAUGAAGAUCCACUAGGCAUCACCUUAACAACUACUGGCAUCUCCUCAUCAUUGGUUCCUGUGGCCAUCUUUGCCCUCUUUAUUCACUACAGAACAACCCCCAUUGUUCGUGCCAAUAACUAUUCCUUAAGUUGUCUUCUCCUGUUGUCACUAUUGCUCUGUUUUCUUUGCUCUUUAGUCUUUAUUGGUUAUCCCAAGAAUGAGAUAUGUAUUUUAAGACAAGUGACAUUUGGUGUUGUAUUUGCCAUUUGUGUCUCUUGCAUCUUGGCCAAAACCAAUAUGGUAGUCAUUGCUUUUAAGGCCACAAGGCCUGGGAGUCAACUAAGGAAAUGGACUAGACCACAUGUAUCCUAUCUCAUAGUCCUCUCCUGUAUCCUUAUACAGAUAUUUCUUUGCAUUAUGUGGCUGACAUUCUCGCCUCCCUUCCAAGAAGUCAAAUCGGAAAGUAAUUCUGGAGUACUAGUCAUUCAGUGUAAUGAAGGGUCACCAUUGGCUUUUUGGUCUAUGCUUGGCUACCUCGGUCUCCUGGCCUUCAUUAGCCUUAUUGUGGCUUUCUUGGUCAGAAGACUUCCCGACAGCUUCAAUGAGGCCAAGUUCAUCACCUUCAGCAUGCUGUCCUUCCUGAGCGUCUGGUUGUCCUACAUUCCAGCAUCUCUCAGUUCACAAGGAAAAUAUAUGGUGGCCAUGGAGAUCUUUGCUAUCCAAUCUUCAACCUGGGGUCUGGUUAUUUGUAUGUUCCUUCCAAAAUGUUAUAUUAUUGUAUUCAGACCCAACAUGAACUCGAGAGAAAAAUUAAUGGCAAAACAUAAAAAAUGA